AUGUGUCGGGUAUGUGGCAAAAGUGUCGUCAUUGGUCAAGGAUUUAAAUUUUUUUAUGUUCGCAUUUGUGUCAUUUUCCACCCUAUUCGUGGUUUGAUCAACGAGCUUUACACUGUUGGACCCAACUUUAAGGCCGCCAACAACUUCUUGUGGCCUUUCAAGCUAUCCAACCCCAGUGGAGGAUUCUCUUCCAAGACCAAGCUUCUUCACUUUUUGGAAGGAGGAGAAGCUGGUGCUCGUGGAGAAGAAAUCAACAAGCUUGUCAAGAAGAUGAUCUAA